AUGUCCGAGGAAUAUGUAAAGGGAUACGCUAUUCGUCGAAAUAGCACAUGCGAGACCGGCGAAAACCAAUGUACGAAAAAAGCGACAUGGGGUGACUACCAGGCGUUUUGUCCUGGAAAUUCUUUCUGCUUUGAUUCCGAUACUGGAAUUCCCAAUAUCAUAUGUUGCGACAAUCACAACAAUUGCACGCAAGCUAUAUCAGUCGCUCCAGCAUGUGCUGACAGGAGCUGGAAUCUAUUCGACGGGAAUGGUUCUUUCUGCUGUGAUCAAGGAGAGUCGGGAUUUCGUGUUGAAAAUAGAGUUUUGGUUGGUUGCUCUGAGGCAACAUCCCCGGGAAAUGCUAGUUUCAUCACCUUGCCAACGAUAUCGGUCGGUAAAUCUGUCGCAAGUUCAACAGCGACGUCUUCAUCAUCGCCCUCUUCAUCAUCGCCCUCAUCCCCAUCAACCUCGAAAGUAGCAUCAAACAGCUCGAGUGCUUCCUCGUCUACCAACGUAGGCGCAAUCGCUGGUGGUGUUGUUGGCGGCGUUGCUGGCGUAGCUGCUAUAGCUGCCAUCCUCUUUUUCUUCGUUCGGCGCCGCAAGCAACAAAAUACCCAGACACUAGCCCAGACACCGUAUUCGCCUCCAGUGUAUUCAGAAGUCGGGGCUGGCCUACCCCGAAAGGAGCUUGAUGGCCAAACAAGAUCAGAGAUGGAUGAUACCCCUCUUCGCGAACCACAAGAGUUGCCGACAAGCCAUUGA